UCCGUCUCUCUCCCUUUCUCUUUUUCUCCCUUUUUCAUUCUCUCACUCCUUCCAUAUCAGAAGCCCGCAGAGCAGAGCAGUGUCCGUGUGGGAUGCGAGAAGCCAAUGAGAUGAGGACCCGAUAAUAGAUGCAAAUGAUCGUGAAAAGACACCGCAAAAUAUGAAACAACUCAUUUGCAGCGGAGUAAAUCACAGAAAACUAUUUGUGAACUGGCACCUCAUACCGGAAUUGUGAUGCAGGAGCACUUCAGUGGAGACGAUUUUACGGAAUCGGCAUGAUUGUGGCUUCAGCUAUUUAGAUUGGGUGUUUUGAAAUACAACAUUAGUCCAUAUAUUGCGAACCAGCUUGGGUUCUUUUUUUUUUACCCAAGAACUCUUCAAUUGCCUUCCUCUCGAGUGCUUGAGUCUUUAUAAUCACAAACACCAACAAAACCAACAACAACAAAAGAUGAGUUCAUAUUUUGUCAACUCUCUCUUCUCCAAAUACAAGAGUGGAGACUCUUUACGUCCCAAUUAUUAUGAGUGCGGGUUCGCGCAGGACCUUGGGAGUAGACCCACAGUAGUGUAUGGACCAGGCACUGGAGCAACUUUCCAACAUCCCCCUCAAAUCCAGGAAUUUUACCACCACGGUGCGUCCACGCUCUCCAGUGCCCCUUACCAACAGAGUCCCUGCGCCGUAACGUGCCAUGGAGAGCCGGGCAACUUCUACGGGUACGACGCUCUCCAGAGGCAAACCCUUUUUGGACCCCAGGACGCGGAUUUGGUCCAGUACAACGACUGCAAGCUAGCCGCUGGUGGCAUCGGGGACGAGACGGAGAGCACGGAACAGAGCCCCUCUCCAACGCAGUUAUUCCCGUGGAUGCGACCGCAAUGUAAGUCAGAGCUCAAACUGAAACGUUGCUUGUGGGUAUGCAUGGAAAGUGGGAAAGGGGUAAAAUGUUAAACCUUAAAACCAUCCGCAAUUAGGGCUGAGGUGCAUUUCCUGUGUUCCAACGGAGAGACAAAGCGUGUUUAUUGUUUUAUGGUGUCCAAAACUUGCGAAUCACUUUACAGUUUAAUGACCCCGCCAUAUAGAAGAGAGGGAAUAGAAAGGAGAGCAAAGCAUUUUUCUCCAUGUGCGAGCUGGCCCGCUGCUGAUACACUUACUUCUCACCCCGGUUAAAGUUUUACUACUCGCUUUUACGACUUGCAGUGGUCUCGGGGAUUAUUUCGCUACAAGGUGGCCAUUUCCCACAGGUUAGGCGCUUUAUGGCUUCACCUAAUGCAUCGAGUAGCCUACAUGUGUGGGCGUCAGACAUUAUUUCCUUGGAUUUUACUUCAUAUCCUAUGAAUGUGUGGACAUUGAAUAUCCAAUCAUUUGAAUUGUAUUGCAAUGCUGAUAAAUCACUUGGAAGUCAAUCUAAGUUUAUGUAACCUCAGGGAUAUAAAAAUGAGUGGAUGAUAUAAUUGAUAGCUUCACUCUGUAGGCCUAGACAAUAAUAAUUGCUUACGGGGAUAUUGGGGAUGGAGAUAAGAGAACUUGUGAACUUGUAUAGGCUAUUCGUAAUGGCUAUUUGUAUGUGUUCCUCAAACAUGUCCCCUCAUUUUGCCAGUAGCUGCCGGACGGAGGCGAGGCCGACAGACCUACAGCCGCUACCAGACACUGGAGCUAGAGAAAGAGUUCCUAUUCAACCCCUACCUGACCCGCAAGCGGCGAAUCGAGGUAUCGCACGCCCUGGGACUGACCGAGAGACAGGUCAAAAUCUGGUUUCAGAACAGGAGGAUGAAAUGGAAAAAGGAAAACAACAAGGACAAAUUCCCCAGCAGUAAGACAGAGCAGGAAGAGAUCGAGAAGGAGAAACGACAGAAGGAGCAGGGCGCGGGGACACACUCGUCCGGGGAAGACUGCGACAAAGCCAAGCAAAUGUAAGCUAUAGGGAGAUCGGGGAUCGAAAUCAGCACCGCGGAAAAGGCAGCGAGAGCGAUAAGGGUAGAGGGGCCAGCAUGUGGUUUUGUCUCGGAACAUGGCAGUCUUUGGCUAGUAGUUCCAUGUUUGCUUCAAUCGAUGGGAAAGUCUCCUGACGGUGACAAAGGACAGGACCAUUGACAUUGUGGUUGUUGGGAGACAAAACGAAACAUUUGAACGGGAAAUUAAGCAUUUGUACUUUUUAUCUGAUGUUGGAAAGUAUUAUUGUGUUAAAAAUAGCGUCCUUUCUUUGUGGAACAAUUAUCGUGAAAAAAAAACCAACAUUUAUAUUGUUAGAAUUUUGUCAUUAACAAUUAUCUUGGCAGCUGUAUAGUUUUUAAGUUAAAUUGUGCACUUUUUACUGUUCUCACUUCUAUGUUAUGAUGACGUAGCGAAUAAUGAAUUCCAACAACAUGAAACUGCCUAUUUAUGCUGUAGGCUUUCCUCUUUUUACACUAGUCCUUCCUUACUUAGUUUUGAUUGAUGGUAUUUUGUUGUCUUCCUUAUUUGGGUAAGCAUGCGCACAGUGCAAAAAAUGAAAAAAUGAAUAAAAAUACCAUGUAAAUAAAAAUGGAUGUCAUGUGACCCCUCGUUGAAACAGAAUGUGUACUGUAGGCUACUCGUGAAUUAGUUUGUGGGGACUUGAUGAUAUGCUUUAUUGUUCUUCAUCCCGUUGUUCUAUUGUCUAAACCUGGAAGCGGCGGAAGACAGAGGACACAAUAAAGUUUACAAGCGAGAAUUCUGUGACAUCAUUGCUGUUCUCUGCUUCAUUUCCUCUCAAGGUGUGGAUCCCAGUAGCCACGUCACCACACAGACUGACUCAACUAAUUAGUUAUCUCACCCAAAUGACACAAGUGCAUUAAAACCUUCACCAAACCAAUUAGUAUUUAUGUGCACACUUCUAACAAUGUAGGGAUGACGCAAGGUCAGAAUUGUUCAAGUGUCAUACAUGUUUAUCUCCCCACAAACUUGACAUAGAUAAGGCCGUGGCAUGUGGAACCACACUGUAAAGGCUAGCUAAAUCACAUGACUAUUUUGACAGCCCUGGAAGAUAUUUCACUUCCCAUAACAGUCACAUUCAUGUUGAGUCUUAUUCGAGAGGGGGAAAGAAAAAAAGGUGCAUAAAAGCACCUGUACGCCAGGUGAAUCCUGUCAAACACCGGGAGAGCGUGGUAAAUUGCACGAGGCGACUCGAGACAGCUACUGGCCUCCCUGUUCUGUAAAAACAAAAGUGCUUGUGUUGUCCAGAGCUUCCCUGUCGUGCUGGAGAUGGUUGCUGUGGACUGAGGGAUGCUCUGAAGCAGAAAUUCUCCCAGAGUGGGCUCCACUGGUCCCUGGACAUAGUAGAGGCUGCGUGCGCAGAGACCACAGACAGAACUUACUGAGAGAUCCCAACUGUGACAAGGUUAAGUAAAAUCGAUAUGGAAACAAAUAGGUGUUUCUUAUUUGUGUGGUGUCCAACGAGAAGUCGAGGACAUUUUAAGAUAUGUCUGUAUACAUUCAGUUGGAUAUCUGUAAGGAUCAGCCCUUUUUAUCAUUGUGCAACGUGCGGGGUGAUUACAUAAUAUAUUCUAUUGACCAUCGAUUUGUUUGUGUUCUAGUUAGUUCCUUGAUUAGAGGUAGGCUUACCUUUUGGCUUACAGUGAAUAGACUAAAGUAUUUUAUGUGUAUGGUCAGUGGUGCACUUUUUCCACAUUAGCUGAGCUUGUAGGAAGCCCUUCUGUUAUUGGACGAGUUUGUAUCACAUGGCCCUCGUCACGUGGCCCCUGAGGAAAAAGGGGUGAUUUUUGGUGUAAAUCUAGACUGUAAUUCUGUAAUAUAUCACAGUACCUCGUAAAACCGACACUAAAACCUCCCGGCCUACAAAUCACCGGUCAAAUUAUGAGUUCAUUGUAUUAUGCGAACGCUUUGUUUUCCAAAUAUCAAGCUGCAAGUUCGGUUUUUCCAAGUGGGGUCUUUCCCGAGCAAACUUCUUGCGCCUUUGCGUCCAGUUCACCGCGAGCCAGCAGCUAUGUCUCGGGCUCCGGCGGCGCAGGCUUCUCCUCCUCUUCCUCCACACUGUCGGGACUGUACAAUAACGCAGGGAACAUGCCCACCCAAACCCACAGCAUGUAUCCCUCUGCGUACGGGCUGGGCACCGGCUCUCUGAGCAUGCACUGCUCCCACUUUGAACACCCCAACCUCUCCAUGAUUUGCUCCGGUGGUGACCCGUCCAAGGUGUCCAGCUGCGGUAAGGCGGAGCAGAGACAGAACGAGGACAGUUUACGGAUCUACCCCUGGAUGAGAAGCUCAGGUAUGUGAGCUUAAAAUGUAUGUUUUCAAAAGAAGAGGAGGGGAGAAAGGAAUGGGGCUUUGCUCCGUCCUAAUAAUUACGCUAAACGGUCUUUAAACAGUGCUGUUGCGAAGUGGCCAGGGCGACUUCCUGAACUAUGCUUUACGCCGCUUUGCCUGCGCAGAUAUUUUAUUGCUAUACGACCUCAAUAAAACCAUAAUUUAAGACAUCUGAAUAUUCAUUAGGCGGUAUUGUGUUAAAACAGAGAGAGGGGGCGUUGGAUUAUUUUACUCCGUCCUCGGGUAGAAAGAAAUAGCCUACUUAAGCUAUUCCAUCACUUUCUGUUGUUUAUGCUGUUUCGAUAAGAUCUCAUGGUAAGCGCACUCUACAACACAGCAUGAUUUUCAGAUGCCUGGUCCUGCCCUGUGUUCACUGGCUUACAUUAUUAUCGCAUAAAUGCCUCCGAAUGUUGCAAACACUCUAAAGACUGUGAUGCUAAUAGUUGGUUAGCUCUUGGUCUGCGAUGUUAGGCUGUGUUGUUUUGUUAUAGAAACGCCUUUGUCUGACAUUCUGAACUGGCUUGUUGAAUAGUUUCAGUGGGCCUUACAGCUGCCUACAGCCCACACAACAAACAAGUAAAUCUAGACUGAGAAAAAAUAUGCUUACAAAAUAGCAAUUCAUGUUACGCCAGCGUUAGAUUAAGUGUACUGUCAAAUAAUGUCAUGCGUAAAACGUGUGUGUGUGUGUGUGAACAAUUACACACCAUCAAGUAACAACCACUUUCAGUGCGCGCGGCUCAAGUGAAAUAGUGGCUGACAACUUUUUGUUUAAUGAUUUUCAGUAACCUCUCAAGGCCUUGGCUACUAUUAUCACAAAGUUCCUAUCAGUCAAUUGUCAAUUUAGUGCUCCCUCCUCUUGUUAGCCUCUGGUGUAAAACGUACAACAUCAUAAAUAGUUUUGAAACAGAUACGUCCUCAUUAACAGGGCUUUUGACAUUUACUAGCAGGUAUUCGUUGCCACACGUUUUCUCAUAAAUUUACACUCGUAGUGUAAGUUGUGUGUAAGCUAUUUAUGUCCUUGUGUGAAAUAUGCAUACUUAAUUUUUAAAAAAUCUCUCUUUGCCAGCCUACCUCCUGCUAAUUUGCGUAUAGGAGCCUAAUUUAGAUUUUCAAGUGUAAUUUAAUGAGGCACCUGGUAUAAAGACAUAGCUUCAUUGUGUUUGCGAUGGCUAAGACUAUUCAUGCACAAAUAAAUAUAAUAAAUCAAGACAUUGCUCGAGUUGACUAGUAGGUACACACAGUGACAGACAGGCAGGUAGACUCUCUCUCUCUCUCUCUCUCUCUCUCUCUCUCUCUCUCUCUCUCACACUCACACUCACACUCACACUCACACUCACACUCACACUCACACUCACACUCACACACAAAAUAAUCUUGCAGAGAUGAGACGUCAAUAGUUUUUUUUUUACCUAUAACUUAUCCUCAAGCAAAUGUCACUUUAUAAAUAAUACCCUUAUCAAAUAUAGUUGAUAGAUAGUAACACAAACACACACACACACACACACACACACACACACACACACACACACACACACACACACACACACACACAAAACACACACACACACACACACACACACACACACACACACACAGAGAGAGAGCCCUCUCUAUCACACAGACAUUAACUUUCAAUGUCUUAUACUCCGGGACGGGUGUGUUGUAGACUAUGUGUGAGUGUACUAGAGGGUCUCUGAGAGCACAAUGCUCGCUCUUGUUAAAACUCCUGACAAAACUGCGUUUCACGGAGAAGAAUUCCAGCCAAGCCGUCUCUCUCUGCUGAAACACAAAUCACUGCUGGACACCAUAGCAGAGAAACAUAUAAUCAAUAAGAAUAUCUCCCCCCCCCCUCUCUCACUCUCUCUCGCGCUCUCUCUCUUUCCCUCCCUCUCCCCUUCCUCGGCUGGCUCCCCCAGACCUCCAAACCUCCUCCUGUCUCAUUUCGAGCCAGUUUCACCCAGAAUGUGACACGUCGCCAGAGAGGAAAUGAGAACCACACCAGUGACCACGGCGUGCAAUAAAACCCCACAGUGCUGCAGCUCAGUUCAGACUCCAUUAGAUGUCUGCCUUGAGCGGAAACGGGAGGAGACCCGUCCCAUUCGCAUCGUAUGCGGAACUUUUGGAAGUAAAACCACUUGUGUAUGUCAACAGGGAGUGAUGAUGUUUUGCUCCUCGCCUAAUAUGCCAUCGAGGUUUAUUCAAGAAGGCCCUACGCCCCAUUACGAGAUAGGGGUCCUGUUGUGUGGUGGAGGUUGUGUUGUUGAGCACACCAAAACUCCCAUUUCUGUUCCAAGGCAAUGGAAUGUUAGGUAUUUUGUGCAAAAGGGAAAUGCAUGAAUAUACAGCUGAGCAUUUUCAGAUGGAUUUUAUGGUUUUAUAACCAACUUGUAUUGUAUAAGCUAGGCUACCGGUUAUGGAAGGAUCUUACGUGCCCUUUGCCACUAUUGGUUUGAAUCCUUGCCAAUUGAAUGAUAAUGUAUAUCAGUCCAUUUAGAAUUACAGGUAGAGCCUAUUUCUAUUAAUUGCACCAUGAAUGUGAAUGAAAAGUAAGUGGCUCUAAGUAUAAGGCUAGUUUAAUACUUACAAAAAUAUCAUGUAUUAUGCAUAUGAUGGAAUAGGAAACCUAUAGAUUACCUAAACUUGUAAUACAAAGCAUGUAGAGGCCUAUAGUAUCUCAUUACAAAUAUUGGUUAUUUAGUACUAUUAUUUUCUUAUAAUUUUCAUCAAACUUUGCUGGAUUCCAGGCCACAAUGACACUAAGGAUUUGUGGUAGGCCUAUAGCUAUACAGUCGACGCUAUCUGACCAGGAAUACUAAUGAAAAAAACACUGCAAUUUAUUUAUAUUUCUGAUAAGUGAUACUUUUGACUAGAAUUCCAUAACAAAAGAACAGUGUGGAAAUUACUACCACUUCCAUUCAGGCCUAUACAUCAGCUUCCCUUUUACUACCCCAACGGUUAUACCUGCGGGGAUUGUAAAACUAUUUACUGUACAUCAAAAUUAGUAGUGGAAACAGCUCCUAAAAUGUAACUUUUAGAUGUUUAUAUUUGCUCUGCAAGGCGUGUUUACGACAUAGGUCACUACUGAGGUAGCACAACAGAUGCAGUACAUUUGGCCCAGCUAGAUUCAGAAAUGUAUUUAUUAAUAUGAGAAAGAUUUCCCCCAGUUGCCUUUUAACCUCCGAGAAGAUAGUAAAUAAUAACAAUAUCCUCUCCACAACUAAUCCUUCGAAUCAUAUAAUCUUCAGAAUUAUAACAAAAUUGUUUGAUUUAUUUCAGCAAAUUUCACAACAUUUCCCUCCACUGGACUUAUGCUUUCCAUGCACUUUUAUCAAAGUUUUAUUAUUUAGUUACAAAAAAUAACACACAGGCUAUAGCCUAUAGGACUACCCUUUCACAAGAAUAAAAACAAAGUCGAUCUAGAGCAUUCGAUUUCAUUUGAUUUUUAACUAUUUCAGUUUGUUGAGAAAAAAUGAAAUGUGUUUUCUCUCGAUUUCUGUCUGUUCUGUUCUGUUCUCACACAAGCUCUUCCUCUGUUAUUUACAGGUGCAGACAGAAAGAGAGGUCGACAGACGUACACGCGUUACCAGACGCUGGAGCUUGAGAAGGAGUUUCACUUCAAUCGCUACCUGACCCGCCGAAGACGCAUAGAGAUCGCUCACGCGCUGUGUCUCACCGAGAGGCAGAUCAAAAUCUGGUUCCAGAACCGGAGGAUGAAGUGGAAGAAGGAGAACAAGACGCCCGGACGGAGCUCCCCUGCAGCCGAACCGCCGGGGGGCGAGGAGGAUGAGGAUGAAGACGAGUAGUGACGGCGAACGGACGGUGAAAAGACUAAUGAGCACUACAUGAGACUGAUAUUAUAUUAAAACCGUAGGGGAAAACCGUGUCCCCCUAUUCUUACACUGAGUUAAACAUACAAUACUACCUAUAAGAUUAAUGAUAUAUUAAUGUAGUCUAAAGCCACGUAUUGUUUUAUUAAAAGUACAGUGAAAUUGUAUAAAUAAAUAAAAUACAUUGAUUUCUAAGCGAUACUAAAUAAGCUAUUGUUGCUUACAUUUUGAUUUAGAUCAAUAUUAUCUAGUGUUUUGACGUAGACCUGAAAUAUUGCAAAACCCUGGUUGGGAAAAUUAGCCUAUAUGCAAGAAAAGGGAAACUAAGAUCAGUUAUUAUAUUUUCAUUCUCUGUCAUCUUGUGAUCUUCUGGAUGUAUUUUAUGACUUGUUGUAAGGGCUUUUACCUAUGUCAAUUGAUUUUACGUAUUUUGUUUUUAUUCUUGACAUGUAGGCCUACACCGGACCACGAGAUGUAGGAAUUUGUAUAUUUUCGUGUUGUGAGGAACUAUUUCUUAUUCAAUUGCACAAGAGUUCUGUUCAUGUCAUUAAAACAAAAAUUAAUCAAUUACAAAAACAAAAUGUUUUGGAUUUCUCUUGGAUUGGGUGUAUUCUACAUUCAUAAAUGCUUAGGCCCUAUAUGAGAUCGUUGGCAGGUAGCUUAGUGGUUACGAGCGUUGUGCCAGUAACCGAAAGGUCGGUUCUAAUCCAAGCACUAGGUGAAAAAUUGUCGAUGUGCCCUUGAGCAAGGCACAACCCAAUGUCCUGAAGUCCUCUGGAUAAGAGGUCUGCUACAAAUGACUAAAAUGUAAAUGUCUAUGUUUGUAAUGCAUAGGCCUAUGCGAUGGCCUAUCGAGGAGGCUUAGGCUAUUCGUUGAAUCAGAAAUGAUAUUCUUACAUCGAAGAUUUAAAAUAAAAAGACAAACGUUAACAUUUAUGAUGGUUAAAUGACUAGGCCUAGGCUACAUGUACAGUUGUAGGUGAUACUUCUUAAAUUCAUUUAAACAAAUAAGUCCACAUUAAGCCUUUUGUUUAACAAAACUUGUGACAGCAUGAUACUAUCCACAAUCUUAUCAGAAUUUAGUACACUUUUUUUCCACAAAUUUUCACAUUUUGUUGAUAGUAGGCUAGCCUUCCACUGGCAGGCUAGUCUGGUCAAAUAAAUAAAUAGGCCUAUUCAUUUGUAGGCCUUAUAGCAAAGUGUUAUAAUUUUCAUUGAAUAUUAUUUUGAAUCUGUGGUUAUAAAGACAAGGUAGCCUAACCUGUUUCCAUUUCUAAUGCAGCCCAAUGUUUAGUAUUGAUUAUAAUAGGAAUACUGGUAUUGCUAUAAACAGCCUAUCCGUAUCAUGAUUUCGAUCCUGUUUAGUUUAAUGAUGCAAGCAUUUGAGUUAUUUUGAACAUUUAGUUUAGUAGUAUAUAUUUUAGGCUAACCUAUGGAUGUUAAAUCUACCCGUUUGCCCUGGAAUUGUUGGCUAUAGUCUCUGCCUUGGUUCUGUGCAUACAACACUGGCCAAAAGAAGGCAUAUAUUGGGGGUUGUAACUAAUGCGUUUAUUGCAUCAAUGAAAGACCGGAAACCACCAUAAAAGUAACUAAAAAAUCAACAAAAUGGGAAACAGGCGCUCACGAAAACGUCUGCUCAUGUGCCAGGAUUGCAGGCCCUGUAACAAUACUCGUCUUCAGACUUUAGUCUUUCCUUUUUAAUUUUCGUUAAUAAUCAACAUAUUUAAUUUGCUUAUAGUAAGCAUCAAAUUGCAUCGUUUAAUUAUUGUGUAUUAGACGAAAACGAAACCAGGAUGCAAAUGCAUUUCAUUCUCUUUAGUACCUCCUUAGAAGACAUCUUUAUGAUUUGGGCCUUGGCCACAAUGCGGCGAUUAUAUGCCGCAGUGCGAAAUAUUUUACGCACGCCUUUUGUAGCAUAGAUAUUCAGUUGAAUGUUGAUAUUUGCAUAUUUCCAUGGUUGUGAUUCGAUUAAGCCUUCUUUAUCAAAGUAUCUCCUAUUGGACAUUUUGGUAGACUGGAAUGCUUUGUUGUUUAGCUUACACGCCUCAAAGCCUAUGUUUUCAAUGCUAUAUCGUAGCCGUGCAAGAUUUUCUGUUCUGAAAAUGGUUUUAUUCUGAACAUACACCACCAAUACACCGUCAAUACAUAAAGCUGGUCUCAUACAAGCUAUAUUAAUGCAAAUAAUAUCUAACAUCUGAACAAAGGCCUCGAGAAUGCAUAGCAAUUACCUAUAAGCAACGUAAAUGGCUAACAUGAUGUAAUUUGAGUAUGCAACUAUUCAAUGAGAUAUGUUGGUUCAUCAUUAGCUUUUGUUGUAAGUAGUUCUUGUUUUUUAUGCAAUUGUUUUCUUUUACAUUUCAACAAUACAAUGAUAAUAUAACUAAACAACAGGAAAAAGGUCAAUGUAAGCCCAGUCUUGUCUUCCAUUUUCUUGCUAUCCAUAACAUUUACGCAUUGUGCCAAUAGCACACAAAGAUAUCCCUUUCAAACAUCUUUAGAAAAGAGACUAGAUAUUAAAUAUCUGAGCAAUAUAGUUGUAUUAAUUGCUCAUAAGUGCACAAAAACACCCUCACAAGAAACGUUUAUGUCCCACCGAUCGGCCUACAAAAUAUUUUAUGCAAAACAGAAGAGAAAUCCUCCCUUUGCUUUUCCUUUUUGAGAGAAAAAGAUGGCGAUAGAGGAACCACUGCUGUUAAAGCAGUCAUGAAGAAAUGCAAUAAAUUCCUUGUUGGUUUAUGAAAAUUUACAACUUUGUGAUAGAACUUUAUGAGUGCCUGGGUCCUGGGAUUGGCCGAGGAUGGUCAUGUGGAUGGGUAACCGUGAACAUGAACUUUUUAUGAUUUCCCAAGUGGUUAUAUUGCAGCAAUCGUUUGGACACCGCACCUUCUGUAGCAACACUGUGCUCCUUCAAGGUUCUAGGCUCUUUAAUCGCAUGUAUGAAAUUAAAAAAAUAACCUUAUCCCCGCGCAGUGUUUACAGAGAAACUGGAAGACCUGCCUCCUCGCCCUGCGCUAUGCAAAUGUGGCCGACUGUGAUUGGGAUUUCCGCUGCGAUGGAAAGAGUGACUGACUGUGAGAGAUCUGGACACACCGGAGGGUCUGUCCAAUUUUUCAUACCGGGAUGCUUCAUUCCUGUUGACUAAUGUAAAUUAAACUGUAUGGAGGCGGCCUGCGACACUGUAAAGCCACAGUGGUGACUUCGCGCGCUAAUGGCGGUACCGAGCUGGGGCAACAGGAAUGCUGUACCGCGAGCUGUGCGAGACUCGCGGAUGUUAUCCAAGGACUUAGUGACGGAUUAUCAACAAAGGUAAGGCGUGCUUGUCUGUCAUUACACUCACGCUGUCUCGUUUCACAUAAAGUUUGAAAACAAUUAUUCAAAACGAAAUCAUAACUGCUCUCUCCAAUGAACAUUUUCACGUUUUAGGUGUGCAUAAACCUUUAGUAAAUAUUAAAUGAUAUGAUGACGUUCAAUAAGAUGUCAUCACUCGAAAGUGCUUGGAGAUGUUUACCUUGUUAUGUGUGCAUGACGAAUUUGUAUUUGGCUCGGAGGUAUAUUAGAGAAAUACAUAUCGAUUUCGAUAUGCUCAUUUGUGGCUGGCUGAGGGUGUUUGUGGUAUAAGGAUACCCGUGUCCGGGCUGCGAGGGCGAGGUUUGAUGGAGCGGCUCCUAUGCAAAUAGGAUUUCUGAUGUACAGUCUUGGGUCACCUCUUAAGUGGAAUCCUUAAUCAAAAGGCACGGGGCUAUACAACAUUCCUUCGCUCUCGUACGCCUCCCUAAACCGUGGAAACAAACAAGACGAGGCACACAACAUGGCGUUUUGUAGAGAUAGCAGAUCAUCUUUUGAGUAUAGCAUUGAGACUGACCGUCUUUUUUCUAAAUCCUCCAUUACGCAAGGGCUUGUCAAAUAGUGGUGUAGCGUAUCACUUCCAGAUCACCGACGCAACGCUUCCAGGUUACUGGACAGUUGGUGCGUCUGUGCGGUGGAGAAUGUUUUUGUAUGUGUCUGCGGGGUUUUAUUGCUUUAUUUCCCCUUUCAUUUCCCCUUCUGUGCCAUCAUCCGGUAUUUUUUUUUACACGCUAGACCCUUUGGUGUCCAUUUGUCGUCUCCUCGUCAGUAAAAUGUCCCCACACCCACCAUAAAUGCUGCUUCCACAGUGCACUUGUUAUGAUAUCUGUUUCAGUCUGUCUGUGCCUUAACCCAAACGUAGCCUACUAUUUAGUUAUUUUCAAUGUACCACUAUAAACAUGAUCACUUAAUAGGCUACCACUACUACAACUGCCACUAAUAGCCUAUACUGACACAAAUCAUGCUUGCCUAUCCUCAUCCAAAGUUAUAACAUAUUAUUUUUUCAAUGUAUAAUCAAUGGUGGUAUUAUUACUUAGUGUAUAAUGCGUAAUUGUGAGUGAUAAUAUUCGCUGCUAGCUGUGUAUCAAGGGUCUGGCAGUCUGUUUACCUAUAUAUCUAUCUGCAAGUCUAUCCAUCUGUGUGUGUGUGUCUGUCUGUGUGUCUGUGUGUCUGUCUGUGUGUCUGUGUGUCUGUCUGUGUGUCUGUGUGUCUGUCUGUGUGUCUGUCUGUCUGUCUGUCUGUCUGUCUGUCUGUCUGUCUGUCUGUCUCUCUCUCUCUCUCUCUCUAUCGGUCUGUGUGUCUGUGUGUCUGUCUGUCUCUCUGUCUGUCUGUCUGUCUGUCUGUCUGUCUGUCUGUCUGUCUACAGUUUAUCACAAUACUUCUAAUAUCAAAUAUUCUUUAUCAUCUCACUUCAGUAUUUGACAUCUCAACAAACACCACAGCAAUUCCUUAUAAUAUACAUUUAUUAUGUUAUAGCAUAGUACGUUUGGUAUUUUAUGGCAUAUUGUCAGCAAAAUACGCAGCCUACUAUUCAAGUUCGUCCAUGCAGAUACAAUAACUAUCAGGAAAUAAAGGGUAGCAACCUAGUGCAUAAACAGAUAUCCUAUUCCACUUAACGAUGAUAGAGACCUUGUUUUGGAUUUCAUUUCCAAAUGUGAUAAGCCGCCUUGGCAGUCUUGCAGCUUUGCUGUAAUGCCAGUUGAUUUGAUCUUGCAGUGACGCAGGUCGCUGUUUGCUGCAGCCUCUGCUCGUUCCUAACUCUUUGGUGCCAUCUAGCGUCCAUUUAUCCAUAAUGCCCAAAAGCCUCCUAAAUCAGGGCCUUCUGUGUGUGUGUGUGUGUGCGUCUGUGUGCAUGUGCAUGUGCAUGUGUAUUUCUGUGUGUCUCUGUGUUCGUGCGUAGUAGUGCACAGUUGAAACGUACAUAUUUUGCUCCUAUGAUUGUGCGGAAAUGUGUUUGUCGCUGAGUGCGUGAGCUGUUGACAAACGGAUAUGUGAUAUUUCCAGUGUUAUUGGUCCCUCUUCUAAACUAUUGCGUGCAACAAAGCGGUGAGGCUCUGGCUGGGGCAGGAGAUAACAGGAAAGCUGUAAGGGGUGGGUUGGGCUCGGUGGCAGUGAAACGUAAAAGAAUGCAGAGGUUGUAAAUUCUCGAGCCGCUGUUGCCGCGCUUUGAUGUGCCUGGGUUUGGGAGAGAUUUGUGGCACACACGCAGAAGCCCAAGCCUUCAGGCUCGAUUUCUUGCAUCCCCCCAUUUCUCCCCCCUCUAAAAAGCCCUUCACCAAGACGUAAGCGGAUGACCGCUCCAAGGUUAUUGCAUUGUGCAGUGAACGAAGCGUAUAGUGGUGGCCCCGUGUUAGAGCCAACCUGGAUUCACUCAGUGUAACUUUCAUUGUUAUUACGCGGCUGACUUUAGUUGGUCAUUUGGUGUAUUAAGUGAUGGUAUGGUGUUUUGUGCUCUCUCCCCAAGGAAACAAACCGUGCUAUAAACGCAAUCUAGCCUUAUUAUUUGUGAGGGUCGUGUUGAAGUGGAGAUACAGUGAGAGGGGUAUGGAGCUGUGGUUGUGGAUAAAGGGGAGGGGUGUGUGUAUGUGUGUGUUCGGGUGUGUGUUUGUGCAUGUGUGUGUGUGUUGGAAGCAUACAUGAUUUGUCCUUGGUCACUGUUUUCAUUUGGUUUAGUGGGUCGCACACGCAAGGCAGUCAUAUGUAAACACCUCGAGAAUGUAUUUCAUACCGUGUGUUUGUGUGUGUGUGUGUGUGUUGGUACAUGAAUGCGUUUGUUUGUUGGUGCGUGCAUGCGUGCAGCGUGCAAACUUGUAUGUGUGUGUGAGCGUGUGUGUGUUACAUUGAGCUGGCUAAUUGUUUAGUUUUAAUGGCAAAUUUAAUUGUACAGGUUUAUUACCGUCGACUGUUGUAUAGCCAAUGUUACAACAAACAAAAUAAUAAUUAUACUGUGUAUUUUACUAUAACAGAAUACAGUAAUGACUAAAUAUCUAUAUUUUGACUGCCAACCAUGAUUAAAAGUUGCAAAACAUCAGAAUAUUAGCAGUAAUUAGGUCUACAGUAGGCCUAUAUUAAACUCUAUGAGACCAACGCUAUGAAAUAUUUAAUGAGUAACCUGCGCCCAAAGCUUUUGGCUGAAGGCUGAUCAGGUAACGGUCUAGGGACUUCACACGAGUUGAAAGUCCGUGAAGGACUAGUCACUUUCUGGAGAACAAUUAUAAAUAUGUAAGGAAGGGUCUGCCCUGUCUAUCAUUAACCAGCACAAGUUAUUCACUUGUUGUAACACCGCAACUUAAAACCACACCAUGCUGCAUGGGCCUAUAUAGCCUACGGUAACAAUAUUUGCUUAUAUUGAUAUAAUUAGUUUGCUAAUAUUUUAUUAUAGUUCUAAAUAUUAAACUAUGCAUUGCCAAGCUAAACUUGUGCGGAAAAGCAUGGUUGUUGUAGUCACCUUUAAUUAAUGCAUUAUUCACAUAGGCUAUCUACUUCCGUUUAAUUCGAUAUUUCCACACACUUUGAUCCAUGUAAAGACUUGCAGAAUGCCUUGUGCAGAACUGGAGUUUCUUCAGAAUUAGAGAGUCGUUGUGUAUGCAAUGAAAAUAAAUAAGACUGGUGAAUCCUCGGUUUAAUUUAAUACAAUUGACUAAAAAGUAGAAUAUUUCAAUCUCAAUAAUCACUUUCAAUAAUCAAAAAGGUUAAAAGUAGGAUUACUGUUUAUGACAACUGUAGCAGAAUGGGGCGAACAAGUAUCAAAAACAGAUGCUUCUUUUCGAUAACCGAAUGAAUUAGGCUAUGCACGCUAGCGCGCACUAAACCGGCUAAUAGAAGUCAAAUGGUUCUAAAUAAUUCUGAAUUGUUUCUUAUAUUAUGGUUAGGCUAAGUGCACUUAUAUAAUAAACACUUAAAACAAAAUUACAGUAAGAGCUAAGCCAGGCGCAUUUGUUAUAACUUCUGUUGCCGCCACUUGUUUUCAAUUCCAAUCGUGUCUGCGAAUUUACAAGCCGCCAUAAGGUCAUAAAACACUAAAACACUUUCCCCAGUGAAAUAAAACAGCAACUCCAAAACACAAGACACCACAACUCGUUUACAACUUACUUAUAUUUUAAUGAAAGGCCUACAUUAUCACCAAGAUUUGACGUUAUAUGCAGUUAUGAACUUAGCAGAACACACUAUUGAGAUGUUUAAUCGUGCAAAAUAUACUUGUAAUACAAUUAUUUCCAUCAAAAUGUUGCGAGUAAAACACCUUUUAUGCACAGUAGCUAAUAUAACAUUUACAAGGAGAUAUAGGCCUAUAACUACAUGACUUGGUUUCACACACAUACUCAUAUACAUACAUUUAUUAAUAUAUUAUAAAAUAAACAACUAUACAGAACAAUGCAUGGUCAUGAAAAGCGCACAUACUUACAUAUGCAUAUGUCAUGCGGAACUCGGGGGACUAUGAGGUAGUUCCGGGACACAUGUCAAAAAGUGACAGGCGCGUGUUUCUUCCCUGGUCUGUAUAAACAAAUCACAACUUUUCCUCCAUACAGUCAGACGCAUCUUCACUGGGAUUUCCGGUCAUAGUCCAUAGAUAUUGUGUAAUUUUCACUGAGUUGGUGUCCAGUGGGUUGCUGCCCAUGCAAUUUGUGGACAACUUUUCUGCAGUGCAGUUUUGUCCUCAAAAGUUACCAAGUCAGAGUACUUUAGCCGGCUUUACCUUGCUGUUCGUGAAGUUGUCAGGAGACCUGCAACGAGACAAAAAGCUAAAUGAGAAUUGGUUCAGAGGAACAGACAUUGAAGUUAGUUUUUACACAAUAAUAGCCCCAUAUCAUCAGAUCAUUAUGCUAACAUUUGCUUAGUUAAGACUGAAUAAAAUUGGCUUAAGGUAGUUAUUAUUCAUUAAUUAUUAACCGAGACUUAGACUGUCCCAUUUCUCUGUGUACUUUAACAAAUGGUCACACAAUGGACGUUUUCCGUUCACACAAAACUAAGCCAAACCAAAGGAAGCUCUGUGUCCUGGUUUGAAAGGGACCCAAAAUGAAAGUAAAACUACACAGACUCCCGGCGCUAUUGGACAGACAACACUUGUGUGAGGACCGGAUUCAUUUUUGGGACUGGCUAAUUUAUGAUUUUGUAAAUGCCAUUUGUAAAUGAAAAACAGACCCAGGACUGACUUGACUCGUGGUCGAAAAGUCAGCGAAACAUUUAAAGCUUUACAACGCGUAAUGACCUUCCCAGUCAAUAAUUUUUGAAAUAAAAACCGGUGCAUGAAAUGUGGUCAGGGCAGUAUGCAUGUAAAUACAUACUCAGACUAGACAAAUGCGGUAAUAAGGAACUUUUAUGAUACCGCAACAUAGGCCAGAGCCGUUCAACAAACAACCAAUGGUAACAUAUUGACUAAUGUGUGGCAGCUAAUUUGCUCUAAACAUUGAUAAAAGCCAGGGCUCUGAAAAUAUUGUAUCAUAUUCAACUAAUAUAGGAAUAUUGUUCAGUGAAGGCAACUGUUGCAAAACCCAAAGCAAUUGUAAGGCUGAAUAUUCCAAUAAAUUCCAAUAAAUAUAAUAAGAACGUGCAUGUUGAAAUAUACAUUAGGUAUAUUGUCAAAUACCCCGGAUGGAAAUCGCUAUGAAAAUAAUGGUGAUGAUAAUGUGCUGGAAGAGGGGAGAAGACAUAUCUCAUCACAUAGGCUACUGUACUGAGCGAAUAAAUCAGACAACUAAAAAUAUAAACACAAAAUAUUUCAAAUGCAGAAGAUAACUCAAACCCCCAUUGGUGCGUCUCUAUAUGAUUCACGUUUUCAAGUCCUUUUUAAAUGUGGGGAUUAUUUGAAGGGUCAUAUUUGUUGUUUUGAGUGAAUAGGGCCUUUACUGUAUAUGGGCUCACCAAAGACCAAACAGAAGGGGGAGAAGUGUCGAUGUAUUCAAUUUACCACUUUAAAAUUCCAUCUGAUUCGUAUUGUGCAAUCUCAUUGGAAGGAGAGAAAGGCGAAAGAGAAGAGAAGAGAGAGAAAAAACGCCUGCUCUCGGGUUUGCGCUGGGGUCCCCCGGCGCAUGCAAUCACAGCCCCCCCCCCCUCCAGGGUGCUAUUUUGCAGGCACUGACGCACGCUAUUGGUCAGCGCCUGGUCAGAUGGUACGGUUUCCCUCUGUCCCGCACUGGCACAUCGCCACCCAGCGCCCCCCCUCAACUAAAACCCAAUCUCCGAUAAACUACUAAUAGCUAAACCACUUGGACUAUAAAACACAACAAAUCAUAAACCAAGGAAAAGAACCUGUACCCUCCCAAUGAGUUCCUAUUUUGUAAACUCAACUUUUCCAGUGACUCUGCCUGGAGGACAAGAGUCUUUCUUGGGACAGAUACCGUUAUACUCCUCCGGAUACACUGAUCCUUUAAGACACUAUCCCGGUGCUGCCUAUGGCGCUACCAGCGUUCAAGACAAGGCGUACCCAUCCUCCUAUUACCAGCAGGCGAACGGUGCCUAUGGCCGGGCCACCGCCGCCGGUGCAUGCGACUACGCAGCAGCCAGCUUUUACAGGGAAAAGGACCCCGCCUGUACCCUCGCCAGCAUAGAGGAACAUUCGCUCGUACUGAGCCAAGACCAUCGCAAGACGGACUGCUCGGGGCAAAAUAAAAGCAUAUUUGGGGACAGCGAGGACCAGAAGCCCUCGACGCCCGUUUAUCCGUGGAUGCAGAGGAUGAACUCGUGUAACGGUGAGUCCACAUUGUUAUGUCAUUCGUUUUUUCUUACGGUUUGUUUUGGUUUUUGCCUGUCUUGGCUGAUACAUAGAGUUUGCCUAUUACAUGUGACCUGCAGCUGCACUGUACAGCGCCGGAAGAGCAUACAGUGGGGAAUAUUGUCGCUCUGGUUGUGUCUUGACACCCAGGCUGAAAGUAGAGGAAGCAAAGCAUGCUAUAAAAAUAAAAUAUACACUUUGAUGCGUCCUCCAUAAGUAUAGUUUUUUUCUCCCAAUAAACUGGUAUGAUUAUGGUUCCUAUCGCCUCGAGGGUGACAUUAUUCACGUUCUAGAUUAAAAUCGCACGGCACACGAACACAUCCUUGGCAACAAUGGAGUAGCAGUUCCAUCAAAGAUGGUUUCUUAUCACAAAAUGGCUCGUAUUGUUAUUCUGACAGGGUUCCAGCUAUUAGUGCUUAGUUAUUCACCACAAAAAUACUUUCAAUAUCACAAAAUUCAAAAUGUAUCACAAGGCAAAUACACAUAAUGGCUGUGCUAUGGUUUACAGUUAGAAAUUAUGUCCGAGGCAUGAAAUAUGAUAGGGAAACACACUACACAAUAAUAGAGGAAUAAAUUAGCACCAUAAAUUACAUUCGAGGAAUUCCGAUUCGACACACACAAAAAAAAUAUGGAUAUCCUAACGUUUGAAUUAUGAUCACUUUAAGUGCACCCACCAUAAUCCAAAAGUUGAUUCUCCUCUUCUAUAUAGGCUAUUUAUUGUUUUCUGGCUCUAAGCAGAAGCUGUGUGUGACUUCCAGAAGCAGUGUGGGCAAAUUUGUUAAUGCUUAGAGUUAUGAUGAUCAGUAAAGAGCUCGUUGUUCUUUAAUGUUAGGAUGCGCCAUGGUUUGCCCCUACUGCAGGCUAGAAUGUGUUUAUGAAGAUAUCAUACAUCGUUAUUUAACUUGCCAAAACUAACAUCCCUUCUCUGAAUAGCUUAUCUUUUUGUAUGUGUGGAAAAAACAACAGGAAAUAACAUGAUAUUUCAGUUGCUUUUUUGUAAUGCUGGCGCUCAUUGUUUGGCGAAAAAAAAAAAAAAGACAUUAUUCAAAUAUCCUGCAUAUUUAUAAAAAUCUUACAUAACCCUACGUAAUAUAAUGUAAACAGCACUUUCACGAACUCAUUUAAGGGCAGCUUCCAGGACCAUAAAUAUUGUCCUUUUUCGCUACUGUACAGGUCUACCAGUAAUGCGUAAAUCUUCAGCAAAAGCUCACGAGUUCCAGUCAUGGUAUUCGCCCCAAGCUUUCUCCUCGGACAUAGCCUAUCUAUAUCAGUGCUAUAAACACAAGUUAAUGUUUGACUCUCUCUUCCCUUUCUUUUGACAGGGACCUUCGGUAACCCUGGUCGAAGGGGUCGUCAGACGUACACCCGCUACCAGACGCUUGAGCUGGAGAAAGAGUUCCAUUUUAACAGGUACCUUACCCGGAGGCGCCGUAUCGAGAUCGCGCACGCACUGUGCCUAACAGAACGCCAGAUCAAAAUUUGGUUCCAGAACCGAAGGAUGAAGUGGAAAAAGGAGAAUAAACUGAUCAACUCCUCUCAGACCAGCGGAGAGGAGGAGGAAGAGAAGAGGUCAGAGUAAAGAAAAGAAGAAGAAAAUGCAUAAAAUGGCUUCUGGCAUCAUCUUCGGAUAUCCUACAAAUAUGAAGAUACUAUCCUUCAUAUGCCCAAAGUUCCCACCGGUGAUGUUGUGUUUGGUAAAUUUGUUGUAGCAUUCCAGAAGUUCACUUAACUGUCUAUUUUUGUUAUUGUUAUUGUCAUUUUAUGUUUCUUUUUAUAAUGAUUCGGGUACCCGAAUGGCAGUGUUUUUGUGCGCUUGCCUCUUGAUUUAGGAUGUGGCCCAAAACAUUAUUGGCCAGGUAUAACGAAACUAUUUCAAAUAUAUGUCAUAUUCGUGUUCAUAUUUAAAACUGUAUAGAAAUAAAAUGAAAUUCUCCUUGUAUGGUGAAUUAAUGUAUUUCUUUUGAAAGUUAAAUACCCAGCCUUAUCUAGUUGUUUGGUUGACUUGUUGUAUAGUUUCAUGGGGAGAACAUACUGAUCUACUGAUAAUUCAAAACUACCUAAAGACUGGGUCAAAAGUUUAUAUUUUAUGGAUUUUAUACGUUGUUUAUGUUUGUGGUUUUGUCACAAAUAGGUAUCUACUUACGAAAUCAUUCAAUAAAAUGUAAUAAUUAUUCAACCUGUCA